UAAACUCAAGUUUUGCGCAAACUCAAACUGCAAAACUAAUCUCAAUUUCACGUGCGUAUGGUUUGGAAUUAAGUGAUUUAGUGAUAAACAUAAUUUGAGAAGAGAUAAAAAAUCUCAUUAGUGUCAGUAAUUAACAUUUUUUAGUCCAAAAAUGGACUUCGCCAUCGGCGGUGCAGCCGCCGUCUGCGCCGGCUUCUUCACCAACCCCUUGGAGGUGAUGAAAACUCGGAUGCAACUCCAAGGCGAGCUGAAAUCUCGCGGCCACCACGCCGUCCACUACAAGAACGUCUUCCACGCCGGUUACGUUAUCGCAAAACACGAUGGAGUCCUAGCACUGCAAGCUGGCCUAGUACCUGGACUGUGGUUCCAGCUGGUCCUCAACGGCUACCGCUUCGGUUUGUACCAGAUUCUGGACGACAAGGGCUACAUGAAGGACAAGAAGGGCAAUUUGGUGUUUUACAAAAGUGUGGCGAUUGGGGGCUUUGCAGGGGCUUCGGGGGCUUUCAUCGCGAGCCCUUUUUACUUGAUUAAAACGCACUUGCAGUCACAAGCGUCCAAGGAGAUCGCCUUUGGGCACCAGUACCAUUACAAAGGGACCUGGUCGGGGCUUUGGAGUGUCUACAAGGAGCAAGGGGUGAAAGGGCUGUUCAGGGGGAGUUUUUCGGCGGUUCCGAGGGCGUUCGUUGGGUCAACGUCUCAGUUGACUUCGUUUGCCUAUUGCAAGGAAUUUAUGCGGAAAUAUGGGAUUUUGACCAAUUCGCCACUUUUGAUGACUUUUACUGCCAGUAUGGUCGGAGGGGUUGCCAUUAGUUUGAUGAUGACACCCUUUGAUUUGGUUUCGACAAGACUGUACAAUCAAGGGGUUGAUAAGUCAGGUCGAGGGUUGUUGUAUAAAGGUUACACGGACUGUGUUUUCAAAAUUUGGAAAACUGAAGGUUUCUUAGGGUUUUAUAAGGGUUUAGGGCCCAGUUAUUUCAGGCUAGGGCCGCAUACAGUGUUGUGUCUGGUGUUUUGGGACGAAUUCAAGGAAUUGUACCAUCGGUUUAAAUAAACUGUAUAUAUUU